AUGCCUUUUGUAUUCUACCGGAGCGUGAGCGCUGGGUGGCGUGUUGGCGUUGCGGCGUCGCUGGACGGCCUGCACGUGCUUGUCCGCGACGGGCCGGUGGAGGAGACGGUCUCCGCGUCGGACAUUUACGUCCCACAGUUGUCCGAGGCAGAGGGCGACGCGCAGCUGUUGCUUCACAUGCCAGACCAUCCCUCAAUCUUCUUACAGAAGAGGAAUGCGGCACUCAUGUCACCCACGCCACUUGUUGGCUUGCCCCCCGUCGUGGAUUUGCUUCGCUACCGCGCCGCUAAUGACGAGUUCUUAACAGACAUUGGCGAUAACUUUUCCCUUCUAUUGGGCGAGGGCGGCUUCACUGGCGGUGGAACGUCGGACUGCGAGAUCGCCCUGAAGGCGGCCCUCGCGUGGAAAGUUUCACACAAACGCCAGGUUGUGGUCUCCUCCGGCCAUGCGCUGCCGAGCCUUUCUGGGGCCUUGCUGGACACUUGCUGUACGCUCUUUGAAGCGACGCCAUUGCAGCGAAGUAUGGUUGCGGCUGGCGUACGCGUGAUUUCCGCCUUCACGUCUACCGUGGGGCGGCGGCAUAUGUGCUACCUGCAGGCACAUGUGUGCGUUAAGGAAGAGGCAGCGGAGGAGUUGCAGUGCGUUUGCUUGGAAUGCAAUCAUCUGUUCGUGACUGGUAUUGGGGGGCCCAAUGACUUUAAUUUUAAGAUAUUUUCAUACAUCUUGUAUGGGCUCACUGAGCAAGGGAGGGAGCGGCUUUACAUUAACCACAGACAGCGGAGUUUUGUCUGUCAGUCGAGCAUUGAGGAUGCCGCCCUCAUUGCACGUCUGCAGGAGGAAUAUGUCGCCUUCACGCGGGCGACGGAAGCCCUUGGCCUCUCCGGUGCCACGCUGCAGGCGGUACUCAGGCAGGUGGCAGCGAUUGUGCAUCUCACCGAGGUGGAAUUCUACGCGGACGGCACCCCGUCAAACCUCCCGGCCCUCAAAAGCGUCGCCAGUCUCCUUGAACUGGACUUUGAGGAGUGUCUGAGUACGUUUUCCUCCCGGGAAGUUUGCGUGACCGCCGCCCGGCUGCUCUACCGCGCCGUCGUUGUCACGCUGGUGAAGAAGGUAAAUGCCGCACUCCGCUUCGCUGGGAAGGCGACGCGUCCGCCGCCCUCCAUUACUCUGCUCGUCAUGCCGCCGCUUCCCCCGGCGGGGUCCGAUAGUUUGGAGAACAUUGUCCUCGCCACCAUGUAUGAGGAAGUGCUGCAGGCUUUUCUCCGCACCAGCGACCAUGAGGUGGUGCAGUGGCAACGCGCCGGGCUUUGUGCGCCGGGGAAGUUGCAGGAGUUGUUCGCCCCGAUGGACAAUUAUGGCCUGCUCAAGCUGCUGUACGGACUCGGUGGUGUGCUCUCUUUGGCCCGCUCGGCGCGGGGGGAGGAAACCGUUAAACCGGCACUAGCAAGCUGCGCGAAAAGCGCGCAUGCAAGGCUGAACGCCAGCACGCUAAUGCUCACUCUCGACCAUUCGUUUGGGACGCGGCAGUACCAGUUUCCCCGCGCCACAGACGAUGCGGCGCCACUGAAGUCCGUGUACCAUGCGGACUUUAAAACCCUGACGCACAUUUCUUAUCGAGAAUGCGGAUGUAGAGACGCAAGAAGCUCUGCACGCCCUGACGCAGACGGAGGGUGGUGUCGCGCAACACGUCGUUGCAGAAGAGUUGCUCCACGUGAGGCCCUUGCUUGA